CUCCAACUUUUGGUUCCGCCGCCCAUCUGCUUUGCGCCGCGGGACCUCACACAACAACCAACCUCAAAUCGCUGAAGUUGAAGUGUCUGGCAAGCACGAAGCGCAAGGAUGCUUCUCGACGACGCUGACAGAGCUUCCCUCAAGCAGUGGGUCAUUCCGAAGCUCGAGAAAGCAUCUGACGCCGAUGCUGCGGUGCUUGCGGACUAUGUUAUCGCAUUGAUUGCGGCAGAUGAUUCAGAAGCUACUGUGAGGGCAAAUUGUUUGGAAGCUUUACCUGACUUCCUACAUGAAAACACGGACAGCUUCAUAGAUGAGAUCUUGGAAGCAGUGAAGCAGAAGCCCUGGAAAGCCUCAAAACCACCCGCUCCCGUCCCAACCACCGCCGCCAUACCUUCGAUCAACCCACCCGCAGGGCUCAGCUUCAACCCGCCGACCGCACCGGCUGCAGACCUACAGAACGGGCAAGACAAGCAGGGUCGAAAGCGCAGGUUCAACGACCGGGAGUCCAGCGUCCCAAAGGACAACCAUGAUCCUCACUUCCAGCGCGGUCACGGAAACGACCGACCAUUCAAGCAGGCGACCCGUCGAGGAGGCCGAGGAGGCCGUGGAGGCUUCAUACCCCAAGAUAAUACAGUAGCAAGGCCGUUUUCUGGACUUCCACCUCCACCGGCCAUGCCCUUUCCAGGGAUGCCCAUCCCACCACCACCAGGUGCGAUGCCGUUUGGCACCCCGGACCCUAUGGCCCUGUUCGCAAUGAUGAGCAUGGCGUUUCCCCAGCUUGCCAACCUACCAUUCCCCGGCAACCCGAACGCUGCUCUAGAGCCGCCACGAAGCGGUAGAUGCAGGGACUACGAUACAAAAGGCUUUUGCGCGCUCGGAAGCACCUGUCCGUAUGAACAUGGCGGAGAGAUCGUCAUGCCUACAGAGUACGAUCCCAACAACGCGUCUCUGGGUGAAAACGGCAGCGGCAGCGCAAUAUCAAACUUUGACUCAAAGUUUAACCGCAAGCCCGGACGAAGCCAAAAUGAGUCGAGGCACAGCGCAAAUAGGAACCACGCUCGUGCACCAUUUUCCCAGGCCGGGCCCUCGUUCGAUCGGACUAAUACUACGGUUGUUGUUGAGCAGAUACCGGAAGAGCACUUCACCGAAGUGGCGGUCAGAGGUUUCUUCGAGAAAUUCGGAACUAUAACUGAGGUUGAUAUGCAGCCAUAUAAGCGACUGGCGAUUGUGAAGUUUGAAGAUCGCGAUGCAGCGCAGGCUGCUUACGACAGCCCAAAGGUUGUCUUCGACAAUCGGUUCGUUAAGGUCUACUGGUAUAAACCAGACACAUUGCCGCGACCAAAUGAUCGAGAGCAAGAGGAAGAAGGCGAAGCUCACCAAGAGGACGAGGACAUGAUCGACCCAGAGGAAAUCGAGCGACGUCAGGCCGAAGCACAAAAAGCAUACGAAGAGCGACAAAAGAGGCUCCAAGAAUCUGCUGCGAAGAAAGAAGAAAUCGACAAGCAGAUCAAAGAGAACGACGAAAAAAUGAGGUCCCUACGAGCAAAGCUUGCAGAGAAGUCAGGCGACGACUCGCAACUCAUCGACCAGCUUGCAUCUCUACAGGCUGAAGCUCAAGAUCUGGGCUACGAUCCCGAGUUUGAGACCUAUGCGCCGCGGGGUCGUGGACGCGGUGGCUAUCGUGGUAGGGGAGGAUACUUCCCUAGAGGGAGAGCACAUACGCCAUGGAGGGGUGCUCCUCGCGGUCGUGGAUAUACCGGCGGCCCAUUCAUGGGCGGUCGCAGUGGUGUGAAGCGGCUUGACAAUCGCCCGAAGAGGAUUGCCAUUUCGACCAUCAAGACGGGUUCUAAAGAGGACGAGGCAUUGAGGCAGCAUCUCUGGAGCACGUAUGACUUCGAGAGUAUCGAUGCGCAUCCGGAUAAACCAGAUACGCAAGUCAUCACUUUCAAGGAGCGAUACGUCGCUGAAAUGUUUCUCGCCUCCGUCCCCACCAUCCCCGACAUAGGCACCAAGAUCGAAACCUCUUGGGUCCCCAACACCGUCUCCCUCCCGUCCACAAAACCCGACACAAGCGGUGUCCCACCCGACGACCAGCAGCAUCAGCAUUCCGCAACAGACGACGCCAAGAUGGCCCUCGACGACGACGCUGGAGAAACCAACGGCCACCCCGCCCAGAACGGCGACAUCAACGGCGACGGUGCGGCAGGAGAUGCAGACUACGACGUCGCUGAUGACGAGGAUCGUUGGAUGGCCUCCGCCGCCUAAUGUCUCCAAGAUUCACAGCCCUGAUCCUGAAUGUAUACGGCCUUUGGGCUGCAGCAGUCGUAUCAUGGCAACACCUCCACAUAGCACAGCACAUUACAGCACAGCACGUCCACUCCGUACUUUUUACUCUGUACGUUGUUUCUCGUGGCCGUUGCAUCUCGGGUCUGAAGUGACGUCCACCCCCAAGUGCAUCAUGAAUGAAUGAACGAAGGGGGGCUUCUCACUAGCGUUCGCUAUCUGAGCGAAGUUUUAUGGUCCUAGCUAGUGAGGAUAUGUAAUUUUUUGUACAAUACCCAUAACUCAAUGCGAAAUUAUCUGAG